AUGGGGGACCAAGGGGGAGAGAGUCAACUCUUUAACCAGUGCAAGAUCUGUAUCAUAUGCUCCAGAGAUCUCAGUGCCGAUACGGCGCAUCAGCUGGCAUUUACCUUCGAGCAACAUGGCGGCGAAACCGUUAUCUACGAGCCACCGGCCGAAUUCCCACCUCUGACCGAGUUCACGCACCUGAUGAGCUGCACCGUCGACUUCCCCGUGUUUGACGCUGCGAAUGAUGCCUUGAUUCCCAUCGUCAAGCCAUACUGGCUCCAAGCAUGUCUCCAGAAGAGAAAACUUGCCAACCCACGGCAAUAUAGCCCUGACCCAAGGUUGUUCUUGAACGAUGUGGUAGUGACAUGCGGUGACAUUCCGGAGGGCGACAAGGAUGCAAUAAUAGGUGGCGUUCUGGCAAAAGGUGGGCUGUAUAGCUCCAGGAUAUCUCAGCCGGUUACCCACCUGGUCGAUCUCACUGCAGACUCGGACAAGGCUCGCCUAGUUAUCGCGAAGAGGUUGAAGGUCAAGAUAGUCUUGCCACACUGGUUCGAUGACUGCCUCAAGCUCGGACGACGAAUUGACGAACGCCCGUAUCUUCUCCCCGACCCCGAGAUCUUGCGCGCGGCACCCGACGCGCCUAUACGUUCCUCCGAGAAUCGAGAUAUUAUCGGUGCAUCGACGCCUGAUCCUACCAGCCUACCAGCAUCCGUGCAGUCGCUCGAUGCAUUGCCCAGAUUGACUGUCUUCGAGGGCAAGAGUAUCAUGCUUGCUCCGGAUCUGGGGAUCGGAUCGCGGCUGUCUGGCUCCAUUGAGGAGAUCAUCAGGAGUGGUGGCGGCUCUGUCGUUACCGACAUAUCAAUUGCGGACAUCUUGAUUUGCCGCUACAGAGAGGGCUUUGCUUAUCGCAUGGCAUUCCAACUGAACAAAGACAUCGGCAACCUAUCCUGGCUUUAUCACCUCAUGACCUACGACACCUGGACUUCUCCCUUACGGCGACUGCUACAUUACCCCGUCUCACGCAAGGGUAUCCCAGGAUUCAAUGGUUUCAAGAUCAGUCUGUCGAACUAUGUUGGUGAAGCCAGGAGCUAUUUGGAGCACCUUAUCACGGCAACCGGUGCCGAAUGUACCAAGACCCUCAAGCAAGAAAACACACACCUGGUGACCGCCCAUGGAAACAGCGAGAAGUGCGCUGCGGCGAAGGAAUGGGGUCUACAAGUCAUCAACCACCUGUGGCUUGAGGAAAGUUACGCGAAGUGGAAGCUGCAACCCGUCUCUGAUCCCCGUUACACGCACUUUCCCAAAAGAACGAAUUUGGGUGAAGUCGUUGGUCAGACCAGACUGGAUAGAGCCGUCCUCGAAAGUCAGGUUCUGCUCGAGAGCAAUGCUGCGGCGCAGACACCGGCGAGUCCGCGACCGGUGAUGCAGCGCAAGGAUCAGAACACUGUGACUGCAAAGACGCCGAAACUGGUCCAACAGUCGUCCGCACAAACCAUUGAAUCCGAGAACGAAGUGCUACGCACGACGGAUGCUACACCCCAGGCUGCAGGCAAGUCCCGGAAGGCCAUGGACCCUCCCAAUCUGCAGACGCCCGCUCGGUCCCGGCUUACGUCCGAAGGCAAAGAGAAUGAUACGCCGUCGAGCACCAGCAGUCGUAAGUCAAAGGAGGUAGCCGCUGCUCGACUACAUGAUCUUGCACCGGACAUGGCGUUGUAUGAGAAGGAGAAGAGACGUGUUGGAGGGGUGAUCCACGGAGGCCGAAGAGUGGGCGACGAGGAUCGCGUGGUGCUCAAUCCCAGCAAGAAGCGGGUCUCCAUGGAACCACAAGACGAGAGCGAGGAGGAUGAUACGACAGAUACGAAAAGACAGAAGAAGUCCAGACCCCCUGUUGCAAUGCACCUGUUGAUUACCGGAUACCAGAAAUGGGUGAAAAAUCCUAAGACGGAGGAUUCGGACAAGCGACAAUUGCGUGAUCUUGGAAUCUUAGUUGUCCCAGACGCGAAGCGGUGCUCUCAUCUUGCUGCCCCGUCGAUCCUCAGGACCCCCAAAUUCGUCAAUGCACUGGCCUACGGUCCGGUGAUCAUGAAUAUCGAUUUCAUCACACAGUGUCUCAAAAAGAACGAACUCUUGGACCCUGCGGAUUACAUCCUCAAGGACAAUGCUUCGGAGGAAAAGUACGGUUUCAAGCUCGAGAAUGCCCGGACAAAUGCCAAGGCGAACAAGAACAGGCUGCUGCAUGGCUAUCAAAUCUACUGUGUGGAUACCAUCCGCGGUGGUUUCGAUGCAUUCAAAUCCAUUGUGGACGCCAACGGUGGACAAUGCACCCUGUUCCGCGGCCGUGUCUCAUACCGGUCUCAAAGAGAGGAGAGCGAGGAAAGUUCGGGAGAUGAUGACCUGAGUCGCAAAGAAGUAUAUCUUCUGAGCAGCACGGAUCCGGAUCAAGUGAAGACAUGGCCUCGCUUUCGGGCAAUGGUUCUAAGUACCGGCAAAACGCCACGGAUUGUUCGUGUGGAGUGGCUUCUUGACAUGGCCAUGUCACAGAAGCUGCACGCGGCCGAUGUCUAUGAGCUGAAUGAAGAGACAGUUGAAGCCUCGGAACAGUAAGUAAGUCGGGAUCUAGAUGGUGU